AUGGCCUCCCCCCGCGCGACCUCCCCCGCCCCCGCCGGCGAAAAGGGUUCUGCCACAGGCGCCUCUACCUCUGCCUCCCCCGGCGUCCUGGGCGGUCCGCGCGGCUCGUCGCCCCCGCCACCGGGCGGCGCGCGCACCGCGAUCCGUCGCCGCGCUGCCGCCGACCAAAAGGAGCGCUUGGCCAACCAGCGACCCAACAGCACGCGGGCGGCCGGCGCCGGCGGCUCCAGCAACACCAUGCUCAAGCUGUAUACGGAUGAGAGUCCCGGUCUGAAGGUGGACCCCGUGGUGAAUAACAAGAAGAAGAAGAAGAAGAAGAAGAAGAAGAAGAAGAAGAAGAAGAAGAAGAAGAAGAAGAAGAAGAAGAAGAAGAAGAAGAAGAAGAAGAAGAAGAAGAAGAAGAAGAAGAAGAAGAAGAAGAAGAAGAAGAAGAAGAAGAACAUAUGA